AUGAGGCUCGGCUACUUCCUCCCUUCCUCCUCUUCUUUCACCUCCACCGCCAUUCCUGCAAGCAGCUCCGCCAUAUCCAUUCUACAAAAUCCUCUCUUCCCCUGCGGUGUCCAGUUCAAUCUCUGCUGGCGCGCGGAUUCCCCUUCUUCUCCAUCUCUUCUUCUCCGCCCAAGAAAAGGGUGGAGCCACAAGAGUAAGACGCAGACCACGAGAUGGAGUUCUCGCAUUCGCUGCUCACUCAAUCCCAGCACCAUACCUCCUGCUCCGACCGAUUUCAUAGUCGUCAACUUCUAUCGGUUCGUUUCCAUCAGCGACCCGCAGCUGGAAGUUGCCAGGCAUCUCUGCUUCUUGCAGGACCUCGACGUACAUGGCCGCAUAUAUUUGAAUGAGCAAGGGAUUAAUGCUCAGUACAGUGGGCCAAGAGAAGAUGCUCUUGCAUAUGUGGAAUGGUUGAGGGAUGAUGCCAGAUUCCGUGACCUACUAGUGCAGAUAUCUCCUGCAUUUGAUGGACAUGCCUUCCCAAAGUUGAAGUUGCGGUAUAAGCCGUCACUGGUGCAGAUGGAAGGAGGCAGUUUACAUCUACCUUUGCUUGACCCAUCAAUGCGAGCAGUACCACUGACACCUGCUCAGUGGAGGGAACGAAUGGAAGCAACAUCUGACCGUAACCAUGUUCUAUUGGAUGUGAGAAAUGGCUAUGAGUGGGACGUUGGCCAUUUUCAAGGUACCCAGCGACCUGAUGUGGACAGUUUCAGGAAUUGUUCAUUUGGAAUUUCUGAUAAAGAGGUUGCUGCUUCUGAUCCUUUAGCAAAUGUUGAUAAAGAAAAGACAGAUAUACUCAUGUAUUGCACUGGAGGCAUUCGCUGCGAUGUUUAUUCUACCAUCCUUAGAGAGCAAGGUUUUCAGAAUCUGUACACCUUGAAAGGUGGCGUUUCUCAUUACCUGGAACGGGAAGGUUCAGCCAGAUGGAACGGCAAUCUGUUUGUUUUCGACGACCGGCUUUCUCUUCCACCUGCAGCUUACAGGGCUGAAGAAACUACCACAACUGUGACCAGUUCCAACCCUCGUCAAAUUCAUAAUAGCACCAAUCACCAUUUCGCAAGAUGCUACGUCUGCGAGUCAGAAGUCUCCGUGCUAAGACAUCGAAACUGCGCCAAUCCAGACUGCAACUUGCUUUUCCUGAGCUGUGAGAGCUGUGUGGAAGAUCUCAGUGGCUGCUGCAACGAGAAAUGCAAAUCGGGGCCUCGCCUUCGGCCGGUUCUCCCUGGAGUUCAGAGGUACAAGAAGUGGCACGUUUAUCGAGAUCAGGUGGAGCCUGAUAGCGAGACGAGAGAAGAGUCUGAUCACAUACUAGUAGCCGUCUCUCCUCAAAAAGCUUGA